AAAUACAAGCAGACACAAGCAAGUCAACAUUGGUCCUUCCUUUUCCUCGCCAGUCCAAUCCGCCAUGGCUUUCUUCUGCGACGCCGGCUCCUCUAAUCUCCUCCUCGCCGUACUCUGCCUCCUCAGCGCCUCCGUUUCCGCCCGCCCCGGCGUCCUCUUCUUACAUCCUUGCAACACCCUUUUCGUCACUUACACCGUUUCGACCACCGACGCAGCCCUCUCAGGUGGCCGCACCGGAUCCGUCUCCAUCUACCGCAUAAUCAAGCCCUCCCUCACCUUCGACGCCGAUCCCCGCCCCGCGACGAUCCCGCGUUCGGGAAUCGUCCUCCCGCGCCGAGAGGCCGCCCCCACCAAUCCCGAGCCCUUAGUUUUCAGCUCCCUCCAAGAGCGCGCCAAGGAUAUCCUGGUGGUCGUUAUCGGCCUUCUCUUCGGGGUCGGCUGCGGCGCCCUCACCGCGGCCACCAUGUACUUGGCCUGGUCCCUCAUCAGCCACGGGCACGAGAUUUGCUGCUCUGAUGCCUACAGCGAGGAGGAAGAGGAGGAGGAUGUGGCCGAGUACCCCAACCAGGAGGGAUAUGUCAAGAUCCCUGCUGCUUAACCGAUGCCCAUCAAGGAAAGGUAUGAAUCUAAUUAAUGUUUCCACAUUACGAUUCGCGCCGGGAAUUGGCAUAUAUAAUUAUCCAUCUUUCGAUUUAUAUGUCAGACAUUGCUACUUAUGUUGCUAAUGCGGAUCUAGUAUCAUCUAUGGAAUAACUUCAAAAUC